UUCGAAACCUUUAAAUAAAAAGAUUGAAAUCGUCGGGUUCACCGUCUCGAUCAGAUCAAACAAAUUGUUCAUUGAUCUGAGAGAUAUAGAGAUGACGAGCGGCGAAGAUGACAAAAACAGAUCAGUGCAGCCUCCCGCUGGUUAUCCACAGCCGGCUCAGCCCUACGUCUCCGGUUAUGCUGUUAAUGGGCUAACAGAAGAGCAACGUCUUCCUUGUUGUGGUAUAGGCAUUGGUUGGUUAUUAUUCAUCCUUGGUUUUUUCUUGGGUGCCAUCCCCUGGUACAUUGGCUUCUUCCUUUUACUAUGCUCUAGAAACCCGCGUGAAAAACCAGGAUAUACAGCUUGCACAAUUGGAGCUGUUAUUGCCACGGGGUUCGUCGUUUUUGGAGCUAUAAGAGGAUCCGGGGUCUGGUAGUAAAUUGAAUUGUAGUGCUCUAAAUCCGGUACAGACCGGUUCGGGAGUAUAAGAAGAUUGUAUACAUGUGUUUUUGUUUCAUUUAAGAGCUCAAUGUAUACUGUUGAAAGUUACAGAGCAUUCAGAAAAAAAUGUUGUCUCCUAAGAGCCAUACUAAAGUGUUUCUACUGAAAUUAUAUAUACAUGUGAUUUGAUAUAUGGUUAAUUUAGAACAUUAUUAACGGAAUCUCUCACAUUA